AGGAACUGAAAGGAUAGAAGUAAAAGAAGAAGUUGGAAAAGAAGUGGAGAUGCUUCUCUACCAGCGAACGUAACGGACCGUUCUCUCUUUUUCUGCCGGCAUCGAGUGAGAGAGAGAGAGAGGGGGGAAAGCGCCUUGUUAACAACAAAUAGAGAGGACACCGGUAACGCAGACAAACUGGAAAACUUGACAUGUAUAGUUUGUGUUUAAAGAGCCAAAUGUUAUGCGGUGGAUCGUGCGUGUUUUUACCUAACUAGUGAACUGUACCGCAUUGUUUGUGUUUCAAUUCCUUUUUGUUCUCUGACGUGCCAGUGUGUGGCAGGCGUGACCUUGUUAUUCAAUUCUACCUGCCGUCGCAGUAAAAAAAAAAAUAUUUCCACGCAAACACAGUGAAUGCAAAUCAAACAUCAUCGAAAGAAAUAUUUAAAAAAUAAAAUAAAAUUCUUUCUUUCUCUCUCGAGUCGACAAGGAAAGAAAGUGCAACCGUCACAGCUGCGAGCAUCGUCUCCAAUUGCAUUUGGAUUCGUCUCUGUUUUCGUGCUCUCCUCCGUUUGAUUAUUUGCCCUUUCAUACAUUUCCAACGAUUCGACUAUUGCGGACGGCGGAGGGGGGCCGCUAAGUUAGUAUUGAUCCAAAACAUUCGGUAUAGUCAACCAACUAUAGAGACGAGCAGCUUUGACUAGUGGCUACAAAAUACGGAAACCCGCUGCUUUUUAUUCCGGAUGAAUCGUUAGACACACGUAUCACUAAACGGUGGGCGAAGAAGAAGAAGAAGAGAAGAAAAAAUAAAUAAAUAAAUAAGAAAAUCAUAUCGAAUCAGCGGCCAUGAGGCAAUUAGGUUGGCCGAUUUGCUAGUGAAACGAGCGCACCGUAUUCAAAUAAGACGUGAAGCCAUCGGCAGGGAAUUCAUUUUAAAAAAAAAGCAAAAAUUAAAAGUUCGAAGAUGCGAUCGUCUUCCAGUUUCUCGCUUCUCUUGCUGUUUCGCUUAUGCAACUGGGCAAGCGGGUCUUCCAUCGUCGGGCGCGAUCACCAACAGCCGAUGAUGAUCCAUCCCAAUCAAUCAGAUACCACGGCCGGAUCAUCAUCAUCAUCUAGAUGGUUAUCGACUUGGACGGCGCACGAAGGCCAGCCACGGGAAACGGUUCCAGUGAUCAAGUCGAUCAAAAGUCGGGGCUUCCUAGUGGGCGAUUUCUGCGAUGACGCCGACCAGUGCAAUUCCGGUCUGCCUCACACCGUCUGCAACGCCAUGACGCAACGCUGCGAAUGCGAUUCAGACUUCCCUAUCAUCGUAGACAACUCCAUUUGCGUCCCACCUUUGAAGCUGGGCGAAGAUUGCUUGUACGACCAGUCGUGCCAGUAUUUCGACCGCAAUUCUGUCUGCGCAAUGUCGGACGAAGGCAACACACACGAGUGUCGUUGCCGGGCGGCAUUCCGGCCGUCCAUCACGCUCGAAUCCAUUUCGCGAACCAGCCUUUGCAUCCCAGAACCUCACGGGCCUUGGUUAAAAUCAGAUGUGCCCACCGUCAUCGGACUGGGUGUUGGCAUGUCCGUCUUCAUGGCGUUGACCUGCCUCGUCUUGAGACUCUUCAGCCGUGCGCGUUUCGCCCAGGAACAAGCCCGAGGCUACGGCAACGCUCACUUGGCUCCGCCGACCAGCGCAAGUACCACCAUGAACCACACUCACACAGAUGGAAAGCAUCCGCCACGGCCCAACAAUCACCGACAGGUAUCCAUCACCGAUUCCGAGACAGCUGCACCCACAGACAUCGUGCCGCGUAGGACUAACUCGAUCAACAACGGCGGUCACCACCAUGCGCGCGGAUCUUUCUACGGUAGGAGGCAGAGCAAUCAUUCAGCAACGUACGAAGCCAGGAGUCCAAUGAGGAGCCACAGGGGUGAUGCAACCGCAAACCGCGAUUCCAUCAGCGCUCAAGUGGACACUGAAGAUCGAACGCCGGCUCCACUUCAUCAAUCCAACAAUUCGAUACGCUCCAGUCUAGAAUGAAAGAAAUGGAAAUUUAAAAAAAUCUAUUAUUAUGGAUUAAAAAAAUAAUAAUAAUAAAAUAAAAUAGUGCGAAAUAUCAGCCAAAUGAUUUCAACCUCAUCUUUAAACACUAGAAGAAAAACAAGAAAAAUUGCUCUUUCUAUCUAUUUUCUCUCCUCUGUCUCUCUCGCCUAUUAGAUUUGUAAUUGACUCGCACCUAAAACGUCACAUUUCUGAGGCUUCUCAUUAAAGAUAAUUUGUGUUGUUGUUAAGAUGCCGUUGUGGAGUCCACUACCAAAAGACAAAAGAGAAUGACCAAAACAUGAUUUCUCUCUCAGUGUUUUUUAAACGGUGAUGUGUACCCCCUUUUCCUUGAGCCCAUAUUUUCAGAGGCAUCAAACGGUCGACAUUCUCGUCAAUUAACAUCAGUUAUGUUUUUCACAAAAAAAAAAAAAAUAAAAUGAAAAAAAAAAAAUGUGUAUCGAUAUUACAUGGAAUGUGUGUUAACAUCAUUUACGUGUACGUGUACGUGAUUGUGGAAUUUGUUUCGUUCCCAGCUUUUCCCUACUCACUUAAAGAAAAUCUUUAAUUCAUUCCCUCAUCUCAACAAAUAUUUGAUGUCAUAUUAUAUAAUAAACCAUUUUCUAUACAUGAA